AGUCAAUGAAAAUUAGGUCGUUUUAUCUAUGUACAACCCCCAUGAUGGCCUACUUCUACAGAUGUUAGAAGAGGAACAAAGCUAAAACUAUGAGAUGAGGUUCUUGCAAGUAGCUCCGUCCUUAGUUCGUAUGCAAAAGGAUCUAAGAAAUGAUGGAUAUUAUUACCAUCAUGUGAGAUAUUAGAGAUAGCAUGCAUGUAAGAAAUAGCCUCAAAGGUGUUAGCAUAACACAUACAAGAGGAUCCAUGACAUGUAAGAUGUAUAAGUAGAGAAAAAUGGAGUUUCUGUCUAGUUUGUUCAGUCGUGAUCCCGGUGGGCCGCAUGCGGUUCGACGGAUCGCGGAGGAGGAGGACUCAAUUGAGGAAGAACUAGACGCAGAAUUUCAGUUCGAAAGGGGCACCACGAUGGGUACCGUCAGUGCUGCAGUCGAGGAUUAUACCAACAAUUAUGGAGAUCGAUGAAUGAAGGGCGUGUAGACCCUUGAAGUUGUGUAGACCCUUGAAGCUGUGUAGACCCUUGAAGUUGUGUAGGCCCUUGAAGUCGUGUAGACCCUUGAAGUUGUGUAGGCCCUUGAAGUUGUGUAGACCGUUGAGCAGGUGUAUUUUUGCAGUCCAUCUUCACCGCGUAAACUGAAAUAGUUCACGACUACCUAGGUCUCUAUACCAAUAUGCUGUUCCGAUUUAAGUAGCUGCGCUAAGACCAACAAGGUAGAAGUCCCCCUCCUUCUGCUACUCGUAAAAGAGGUCGUGGGCGUGGAUGGACAAGCGCGGAGCAGCAGGCAUCUGAGCAGCGCGCAAGGGACUUACAGGCUGAAGAUCGACAACAGUUUCGCGAAUACAGUCGUUACCUAGAAGUACAGAGAUCCCCAUUUGACGGAGCACAUCAUGAUACUUAAGAAAGGUCUCAAGAAGAGGAAGACAAUUCACUGAAGGACGAUUUAGUGUACCAUUAAUGAUUGAUUGCACAACGAACAAGUUGUUGUAUACAACAUAAGUAGUUACAUUCAGACUUUGUCUCUACGGGUGUUAGGAACGACAGUAACAGGGGCAUACACAUCAUAUGUCUGGCAACACAGAAGUAGAAGAGGAACCUUGUAGUAUCUUCAUCAUUGGUAGUAUCCACUCGGUUUCCACCGAAUCCUAUCCUAUCCUAUACCGAAGUAGUUUUUAGAUUUCGGUUUGUGUUGAUCGAACGCAGCAAGCUCCUCUAAUUUAAGGGCACUUUUGAUUUCGACCCAGCUUUGAUCCAGCAAUUUGCGAAGGAAUGCGAGUCUCAUGUUGCGACUCAGAAGAGGCGCCAGACCUCGCCACUGGAUGCUCUGUUUCCCAAAAUCCAGAGCUACUUCGCACUUCAGGAAGAGGCAAGUGGGUGGGAAACUAAGGGUCUGGACUUCCAAGGCCGUCCUCUCGUAGUCGAUCGCAGGGCUCGACUCCGGCAAAUGCUCAGCCCUAAGCCCCAAGGUGUUGACCAGUCAAAAAACGAACAAAGUCAAAAGCCGUUGUACAACUUGUACGACACCAAAGACGGUAGUGACUUCCACGUCGCGCCGGCGACUGAGCGACUGCACAUCUUGGAGCAGAAGUUAGCAGGUCAUGAAGCAGUCACAGCAGCACAGGAAUUAGCUGGUCGAGAUUUGCCAGCAUUGCUCUCUCAAUUGGAACGAUGGGAGCGAGACCGCGUCUCGAAAUUUGGCGCAGUCAGAGAUGUGUCGAUGACUCCUUACAAGAGAUGUGUCGAUGGCGCUUCUCAAGCAGGAGGUCCUUCUACUUCUUCGACGCAUGAAUUAAGGCAACUCAGACUGCAUCCCUAGCCGCGUCAUCCUUGGUCCACUUUUCAAGUAGAAAAAGGGGCCAGGGAUGGUCUCAGGGAUGCCACGCGGUAGCUCUAAGGCAAGAGGGGCCGCCAGAAGUCGCUGGCCCGCUUGUCCAAAAUGUGGAUACCGUGGGCCCCAUUCCGAUAGGGGGAGUGUCGCAGCUUCCGUUUCCGCUACGUGGCGUCCCAGGCGUGAUCACGCCAAGAGUCAAGCCGCUCGAUGAGGAAGAUCAGGCUGUUAAGGUUUCGAGCUAAUCCGCCUUCUGAAGCAUCCUAUUGUUUCCAUCUAUUGAAGCAUCCUAUUAUUUCCAUCUAUUGAAGUAUCCUAUUGAAGCAGAAUGCUUCUCAAGAUGGAUCAGUGAGAGCGCUAAUGUUGCAGAUGAUAUGUUGGCUUCUCGGGACCGCGGCCGUGGCGUACCAGGAAGGUCAGCAGAAGUAUCAGGCAAAAAGCAGAAGCGUUUUCGACCCAUCAAAAGUACAGAGGGCGAAGGAUUUUCUGCCAGAAUGUCGCAGGAUCGCACACUGUUGGCGCACGAUGUCGCUCUCCUCAAGUAUUUGCGACAGCGCAAAAGGAAAGAGCUGCUUUAUGGAGGAUAGCCAUGUUCGUUGUAGAGAAUUAUUUUCAGAAUGAAUGUUUCUUUUAGAAACAGGAAGAUACGCGAGUAACUUACCACGCACAGUAUUAAUUUAUCACUGUAGGUACUAGAAGUAAAUCCUGGACGCAGCACUCUCGCUGUUGUCAACAUAUUACUGAUAUUAUCUACUUUAUCGAGAAGCGUAAAAAUAUUAAAGCAACGAGGAGCUGCUUUUCUUUCAUUUCCAACGCGGCAAAGACCGGCACCUGACUAGUCGCUCGAAACCUCCAGAUGCGCAGACCCUGUUGCAGAAGGAUGGUUUGGAUAUGUCGUUAGCCACCAUGAGCACUGCAGCGGAGCGCAUGCAUUCGCGCUUUCGAGAAACGACAGGGCAAAUGACGCGUGCCAGCGAACGGAGGAUGCUAGAAUUAAGGCCUCCUGCAGUAGCAGUGUAAUUCAAAUUGUUCAUCUCACUUUGUUACAAGCAUCUUCUUUGUCCUCCUUGUUUUCUCUAAGGGAGAGAAAAUACUACGGCAAAGACGGCAGUAGUUUUCGAGAUGAGACGAGAGUAUAAGCAGGCAGCUCUAAGAGAAGCGGCGUGGCGGGAGGGCAAGGUAACGCGUGCUAUGCUUGCUGAGUUUGACGCACAACAGGCGCUGCUCCAGGAGCAGUCUCGUUUGCGCAGUGAGCUUGAGCAGGAACGACAGCAGGAGCAGGAAAGAUUGUUCUUUACGGCUUACAAAAUAAUUCAUUCAUCUAAGAACUUUGGAGGUAAAUUAUAAAUGAUUCAUUCUAAGAACACCCGACUAGGACUAAGACUUUCUGCGUCGUCCUUAGUUGUUAGCGGUUCCAAGAGCAUUUACUAUCUAGAAAAUCUGGUCCGUCGGAUUUGUCUCGGAGUCAUCUAAGGAUAUGAGUUGUAUAAUAGAACAAGAAUGUGAAUGAGCAGUCAUCCUGUUCGUGAGCUUCUCAACGACUUCUAAGUUCUGGCUACGUCGGCAGAACUAUCGGGAGAAAAUUCGACAUUACUACAGACUUGCAACGACUGCUGGGACUGAAGAGAGGGUUGCGGCAAACAGUGCGACCGGAGGCGUUACGUAUCUCGAGUCUCUGGUGAUGGAAUUGCGGAGCAUGAUGAUGAGCAACUCUUUGCAGGCGGCUGCAGAAGAUGAGGGCGAACAAGGAGACGAGGCGAAAGCGGUGCAAAAUAUCCUAGACAAAAUCUAUCCUAAAACUUUCGUGUCCGAUGAACAGAUCGAUGAGGAGCUAAGACGUGCAGUGGCAGAAUACGUAGAGGAGAAACGGGCAGAGGAUUUUCGGCAGGAUGAAGAGUCUAUUUUUCAGAAAUACGGCCUUCAGUCGAGUUCCGUGGGGAGUGUGCUCGGAGGCUUGUUUGCGUCGAACGCAGACCACGAAGAUGCUACGGGCGGAAAUGCUACAGCUCAAUUGAGUCUUGAACAUACUUCUAGUAAGGAUCAUCGUAGUCGUAGCCGUAGUCCUGCUCACGAGAACAGGACGGAAACGCUCCAAAGCUUCAUCGAGAGAGGCGAAGCAGCUAAUGCAGCAAGUAGCAGGAAGUUGCCAGGUACCAGAGAGAAUUACUUUGACGUAGUGAAUCAGGUGAGCCGCGAUAAGGCUCGGAGCGCGUCUUCAUCAGACCUGCUAGCGUACGAAAACUGGGCUGCACUGGUGGCGCAACAGCAGGAAGCGCUUGCGUCGUAUGUCGGGGAUGAGAUGGUCCACGACUACAUUCAGCGGAAUAUUCUCCCUCACUCUGAGUUCCCGACAGACUACCGACCGUCUGAAGCGGGUCGCCAGGAUCUGUAUACUACGGCGAAAGGCAGUGCGGAUUAUGGGGAAAUACUUCUGACGAAUAAGGUCGGUAAAACGAGUACUACGCAGGAGCAGUCACCAGGAUCAGGAUCAGCACUUCUAGAACAGAAGCUUACGCUAGCGGCAGUGAUGGACCAGAAAGAGGAGCUAGAAAAGGAGGGCUUUGACCAUGACGCGGCAAAAAAGCUGCUGCUGUGGCAACAACAGCUAGGGUUUCUAGUACCAGGAAAGUCUACGGUUGAGGAGAUGAGGAGUCCACUUCACCAUAUUCCUGGUAGAGGAAGUUCGCCUGCGCUUGAUCUUCAACAACUCGAAAAUCUCUGCAAAGCAGGAGACAACUAUAAUGGGCAGAAGCCAGAAGAGUUAUCUUCACCUAGUGGUGCAGUAGACAAUUUACAACAAGGUCGUGGAAAUAUUAUAGCACUGCUAGGACGAGAUGGGAACAUCAGCAAGGCAGGAGCUGUGAGUGAUGCAGCUGUUGUUGACCCCGGCGCUGCUGCUCUAACAACAGAAGCAAUCGUGCGCGACAAAGACAACGCUCCCUAUCUGUAUUCACUUUUAGGCUCACUCGUUGAACCGACAGUGCCAGUACCUAGCAGAUCCUCUUCGUCGACGAACCCAGUACAAGCAGCAGUUCGCGGUGCGGAGUACUUGACCUGCUUGCGGUACCGUAAACCCUUUUCGGAGAAGGAACUGAACGCGUUACGAGAUGGCAAAGCUUCAGCGCGGGAGAAAAUAGGUGCCGUUUUUGGCUUUGUCCUGGAUUGGACGCAGUUUCCGACAGUGCGCGUCAAAGAGCUUCAUAAAGCCACAGUCUGGAAUGCGAAGGCACGUGCGGCAUUGUCUGUAGGCGAUAGAUUAUUGCGAGUGUGCGACGAGCGCAUUGUUAAGGCUGUGAGAAGAAAUCCAUCUUCCCCAAUACAUAGAUACAUAGCAUUUCUCAUUUGUGUGCUGUUUCGGUUCUUAGGGUGGGAAACGGAGGAAGCACCGGCAAGAUGAGGAGGAAGAUCCUUUGUUUGUUUCUAAGGGAACGGACCUAUUUCUACAAAGGGAUUUCUGGAGUUACUAUAUGGUUCUUCUAUUCUAACAUCGAUGACGUCCGCUCGUGGAAAACCAAGGUGUUUACUAACGAGAAAGAGAAGGAGGCAGACACAGUAGCGCGCGACGCGGAGAGGGAAAGGCGCAAAGCGGAAAAGCGGAUACUGGCGGCGCAAGCGGGUGGACCGCAACACCUAGUGGGUGGAACAGCUGAGGAGGAAGAGGUCGUAGACAUGGAUGGUUGGGUUCCCCCUUCGAGUGUGCCGCGUGAUGCCAACGAUGCUUUACUCCAGCGGAUUUUGUGGCGACUUGAGGUGCGCCAGAACGCUGCGGCAGAGGUUGAGGAGACCGAAAUACAGGAGGAUCUCUUCGACGUUGCGAGCUUUGACUUUCUCAAAUCAGGGAAUGAGGCAGAAUUCAUCCAACUCGCAGUGCCAGUUGCUAUGCCAUUUGGCUUUUCUGUGACGGCACAACCGGGUCCGAAUCCGCAUUCGCAGUCUUCCGAAAUCGUGAGUAUUAGGAGUUUGACGACUACGAAUCCUCUAGGACGAGGACGAGGAGCGCAAACAACUAGUACUUCUACUCUUGCCGAGCACGCUGGCUUACAGGGAGGCGACGAGAUUCUCUUCCUGGGGAGUGAAGCUUUGCCCUGUACCGGUUACCUGACGCAGUUGACGGACAACCAGUUUGGGGAGGUGAGCGGCACACGUCGAGCUGCCGGUCGGGAACUUCACUUGCUGCUACGUCGUGCUGGAGGCGCAACAACUACUGGAGGAGGUUUUUCUGCGGACAUUCGACACCGCACAGAAAAUCUGGAUUACCGUGGUUGGGCGCACGUCCUACGAUUGCCCGAAAAGUGGGUGCAGACGUGGACUUCGCAGGAUCGCAAGGUCUAUGAACAGCGAAUUUUGGAUGCCCUUCCGUCUGCAGAGGGAGGCACGGUGGCAUCAGAUACCAAAAAAGGAGCAGGAGAUGCGAAGACCAAGAUAGAUACGACCAAGGGGGGUGAGGGGAAGAGAACCUCAACAGGAUCUGCGGAUGGUGCAGCUACCAAACAGACCACUUCAAGUGCCCCAGCUCCGUACCUCCUACAGUACCUUGGCUCUUUGAAGGAAAAAGCGGAGCUUGCCAGUGCAGGGGUCACCGGAUGGUCUCAGGGCACGGUGAAGAACUCGGUGCUUGAGGACAAAACCACAAGUGGCGAAGAGAAACUCCUUGAGUUGUUUGGUCUAACUCUUGACUGGACCAAUUUCCCAAUAGUACGCGUUGCAAAAGUCGUCGAAACUGUUCCGCGAACUGAUGGAAAGCCUGGUGAAGGUAUUUUUUGAGUAAGUACUUACUAUUUUCUGGCAAUAUAAGUUUUUUUGGUAGAUGAGUAUACUGAGUUUUCAAGGGAUUCCAAUUUUUUAAUCUACCCCAACAUAUUGACUUUUAAUCUACCCCAACAUAAUAAAUAUUUUGAUUUUUCUCCAGAGGGAUCGAGGAGCGCAAAGCACAAGGUGAGUGUCGGGGAUCGCUUGAUUUUUGCUGUUUCUAGCAGAGACCGCGUUUCCAGCAUUUUGAAGUGGUCUGGUGAAGAUCCGAACGACGCAAUUAUCCAACGCAUUGCGGAACGUGUGGAGAAAAAGGAGAAGAACGUGGCUUCCUUCGCCUUUCUCCGGCAAACAAAGGAGGCACAGUUUGCGCAGUACGUGCUUCCAGAUGCGAAAGAGCCACCCAAAAUAACGAAGGCGACCGUGAAAGGACAGAGUCUAGAAGUAAUCGCGGGACUAGCAUUCGUGCGCACCCCGGACGAAAAAAGCGAAGCCUGGAACGUUGGGGAAAUCGGCGCCGUUGUCGCGGUAGAGAAGGGCUCUUGGGCAGACCAAAAAGGCUUGCGUGAUGUAGUGGAAAAGAAAAAGUACAAGGUAAAACUGAUUGCAUUAGAAAGUGCGGGUAAAGCAGUUUUGCUGAGCGAAAUGGCGGCAAAGUUGGAACCCGGGGGAUCCGUAAAGAGCGUCGCGCGACUCCUCCUAUCGGCGAAGCGGCCUCUCCACAUGCUCUUCAAAUGCGAGAAUCAUACCAUUUUGCCUGCAAAUAUGCGGUCAAAGCUAGAAGUCGACGUCCGACGCACAGUCAUUGAGCCUGGCGAUCCGUUCUUCGAGUUUUUUCUAGAUUUGCGAAAAGGAACCGACCUCGAUGAAGAUGCGCCGAACAAGAGUGAUCCUGAUAAAACCAGUAAGGGACGAGAAGGAGAACUACACGGCCAAGAGGCUGGUGGGGAAGGAGCUAGUACAACAACUAAAGGUGCAGCAACUGCAGAGAAAGGUGGAGGUGACUCAGGCAGCAAAGCAGCACCAAGCAAAGACAAGGAAGAUGCAACAGGUUCUAAAGAGCGAUCUAGCGGUAAAGAUGGUUCCACAAAUCGGGAUAGUACGGAAAGUGCCGAACGUGCUUCCUCUAAAGACCGGAAAAGUAAAGUAGACCAGACUCCCUAUUUGACGCAGUAUCUUGCGAACACGAAGGACUUCAAAGAUUUCGGACUAGUAGGAUGGACGCAGAAAAAUUUCGGAGCGUCCGAUGACAAAGCCGUGACGCGACUUCUCAAGGGAGAUAAGAACGACCAGAAGGUGGCUGCGAUUCCAGGUGCUGAGCGAUUUCGUCGUGUCUUUUCGUUUCAGAUGGACUGGUCGAGUUACCCGAUCGUGAAAGUCACCGCGGUUGACAGGCGCGCAGCGCUUGACAAGGACCCUGAGACCGGCGAGAAGGUGAAAAGCAAGGCAGCCAAGAACGGGUUACAAGUGGGAGAUCGCCUUUUAGCGUGUGUCACUCUGCAAGACCGGGUUACGACCAUCCCUGGUAUUAAGACUUGCCGUAAUUCAUCUUAAGAGGCAUCCCUGACACGUUUUCAAGGGGGAAAUACGUCAAAGAUGACUUCCAAGAUGAAUUGUUGUAAGCAAGCUCUAAUAGUUGUAUGUUGGAGGGAGAGAAGACGGGCUCCCCGGAAGAGGCAAUAAUGCGACGGAUUUUGACACGAAAAGAGGAAAAGAAAGACCCGAUCGCUGCCUUUCUGUUUUUGCGCGACAGCAAAGCGAACCAGUACUGUCAAUUGGUGCUAGGGAAGCAGGAAGUUCCAGUUGGUGACAAGAAUGCAGAUGAGGUGAAAAAGAUGGGCGAUAAUGAAGCAGGAGAAUUGCUUAAGAGUGUUCUCGGUUUUACCAUCGACGAAAAAGCAAGCGUUACGGGUGUUACAGGAGACGCCGAUAGCGGUGGAUCUCCUGGAGGAAUGAUGAGUCAAGGUUCUUGGGCAAAAUGUGUCGGCUUGACUACUGGAAUGGAAUUUGUGGUGGUUGGCGAUGUACUUGCGGCAAGGAAGCCCGCCGAGGCGCGAGCGGUCCUCGUAGCGAAGCGUCCGGUUCACGUCCUAGUGCGGUGUCGAGAUGGAAUCCCGGAAGCAAUGCGUGCGCGAGAAGUGGACGUCGCGCGCUCGCUGCCAUCGCACUGGGGAAUAGCCACGGCCGGAAAAACGGCAACUAGUAAAGGCGGAGACGAUGGCCCCGCCAGAGAAGAUGCUGGCGCUGGAAAGGGAAAACCCACUGAUGUGGAGGAGAAGGACGCACCAGCAGAUGGGAAGGAAGACACGACGGGUGCAGAUGGUGAAGCGGCACAGCCGUUGGCCUUCUAUCCUGAACCGGCGAGCGACGAGGAGAAAGAUCAAUGUACGAAGGGGCCUAGUAAAAGUCAUAGCGGCGAAGAUGGCUUCGCAGAUGAAUCUUUCGAUUGGCCAUCUAUCUCGCCUUCUACUUCUUCGCCAUCGCAUUCGAGGAGCCCACAGCUGGUCGUGAGUGACGUGCUUUUUUCUGUCGAAGAGCGGUAUCCAGACCAGAUGUUUCCUAACUAUAGCGUUGGUGGAUCUAGGUCUUCCUCCGGUAUGCCUGUGAUCAGGCCGCCUCAGAUUGACGGAUCUACAUCCCCUUCUAGUAUAAUGAGACCGCCACAAGAAGUCUGUUUGAAUCACGGCAACCCGCAUUCUCUCUCUGGCGAUCAUGUUGAUACAACUAGUUUGGCCUCUACGUGGUACUUCAACCGCUUCGAUCUAGAGGGUGAGCACGGAGCCGCGCCAGAGGACAUCAGAUUUGACCACCUCGGCUCUUCCACAUCGUCAGCAGAGGUUUUAAUACGACCGGUUCGUCAGGAGCCGAUAAACCGUUCUAGUAGUGAAGAUGAGCCUUCUACUCGUCGUAAAGGACCACCUCUGGAUCCCGAGCGACCGCGAUUGCGCGGUGGUGGCCUGUUCGGCGGGCCCGCGAAACCGCCAAAAGCGAAGGCUAAGGUUGCAGCAAAAGGGAAGGCUGGCAAGGGUGCGAAGAAGGGCGCAGCUACAGGCGGUAAGAAGGGUGGCAAGAAGGGAGCGGCGGCUCCUGCUCGACGAGCUCUGGAUUUGCAACAGAUAGCGGCGAUUCCGGUGGCGCAGAGGAUGAUGGUGCUGCAAGAGCAGUUGCAGGGUAUCCAAGAAGCGGUCCAAGUUUUACAGAACACGCCAGCGGUGCCUCCAGGAAAGAUUAAGGCUCUCAUUUUAGUUCAUCUUCACAAAGAAGAUCAAGAUUACAGUGAGUUGUCUCAAUGUUCUUCUUGGAUUCUGAGAGUAUCUAUUAUGCUCCUAAAAAGGAGGGAAUCGGAGUCAUUGUCAGCGCUAAAAAGAAAGGGAAAGGAAAAGGAGCGGGCCUGACGGCUCAGCAGAAGCAGGCACAGCAGGCAGCGUUGGAAGAACAAUUCGCUGUUCUUUUGCAGAUGUUACGCGAUGCGGAGGGGGAAGCUCUAGGAUCCGGCCACGCGACAAAUUUGGACCCGAAGCUUCUGCAGGGUCCGAUCGACCACGGAUUCGCCGUAGAGGAGAACGUGUUGAAUCUGUUAAAAGAGGACAUGAUUGACGUGGCGCAGGGCGAUGGAGGAGCAGAUGAUGAUAGUAUGCACGAAAGUUACGAGGCAGGUGACCUUCUGAGGCAAUUGGGGGCACAACAAAAUGGCGCUUUGAACUUGGCGAAGCGCGGGGCACCAGGCGGAGGAGGAGCAAAGAAGAAAAACGCAGUACAACGCUCCCUAGCACCGGGACAGGCUCGCAAAGGGGCAAUGGAGUUAAGGCGUGCCCUGAUAUACCAUCUUGAGAAACAUGCUGUUAGACCCUACAAUCUUCUAAUUGGAGCAGAAGCCUGUUCGAGUUCGUUGGACAGAAGCAUGUUCUUGGACUUGUGCCCAACAUAUAAUUAAUGGGAAAACAGCUCCCCUAACUGGGUAGAUGACUUCCCCAAGAUUUAAGUAGUAAGUAGAUUAGAUUUGGGUCGUGAGCUCAAACUCUCUAAUGAAAGCAGGGAAGUCGGUCGGUGGGUUGCUGCGAGCUGGAGGAGGGCUCGCGGACAUGUUGAAUUCCAGCGAAGACGACGCGCCAGGUCUAGAGGCACAGAAAGCGGCUCAACAACUCGACCCGGCAGCGGCGAAAGUUAGGGUUAUCACUAAUCUUCUAUCUCCGCAGUGGGGGAUCUUCCCUCUAGCAUAUUGAUUGUUCAAGGGAAGUAGAAUUCAAGGGGGACUGCGAUCAAACUAAGACCUAUGGAUUCAAGGGAAACUAUUCCACGACAGAGAUGUAAUCCGAUUGCAGAUAGCUCUAAGAAGGCGGCAGAGUUGGUUCGGCGCAAAGCAGAGCGGAAUAACAUGUUGGGAGACGUGCUUGGGGCCGAAGGUGAGGCAGAUUCUCCAGGCGAGGUUGAAGAGGGCGCCGACGACGCGACUGGUGAAAAAGAUGCCGGUGAGGAAGGGAAGGGUGAGGCUACAACUAGGUCGAGUAGUGCUGACAAGAAAAGCGCAGUAAAGAAACGUCCAGUUGUUCGGGUUGAACAAGUGUUUCUGCAUACCCGACCGACCAUUCUGCCCUAUUUGACACACCUUUUUCCGGAGUUCAACAAGGCAUGCAAAAACUACAAGCGCGUUCCGAUGCGCACACUCGCAGAACAAGACGAAGAGAUGGGACUGCUCCGCUACGCGCAGUUCGACAUACCUGACACGUCGGUUUUGAGUGAUAAAACGCUCACAGCAGCGCAGAAGAUGAAGGCCAUUCUGGGAUUCAACCUGGACUGGUCAGAGUUUCCUCUUGUGCGUGUGGUCGAGGACGCAGAGACUCCGAAGGAAUUUCUUGCGCGUAAUCGUGACAAAACCUCCAUAGGCGGACGCGCGACAACUUGUUUCGUCGACGACCCUGUUCCCGACAGUAGCAGUAGUAAAAAGCGAUCCUCUAGAACAUCCUCUAGUACCAAAAAUAGGCAGUCCUCCUCAGAGGUCGUGCUGAGAAUGCCGCCAGCAGCGAAAUACGGCCUCAAGGCUGGCGAUAUCAUGCUUGCUGCUAUGGGCGAGCGAACGCCUAACUUGCCCAAAGGCUGGGAGAAGCUCGGAGACCAGCAAUCGCGUCACGCAGACGAAGCCUUGCUGUACCACAUCGUGCAGCAGUAUCGGGAACAGCUGAACGACAUCGAUGAGCUAGAGUUUUCUGCGCAGUCGCGGGAGAAUUUAGGCGGGACAGCUGAUCCAGGAGGUGGAGUACCCGAUUUCAUUGAGCGCGGAGACCCCGAAACAAGGUUUUACAGACCGAUUGCUGAUUUUCUGUUCCUAAGGAGGUCGCACGAGCAAAACUAUCUACAGGUGCAGCUGGAGUUGAAGAGUAUGCUUGAUCCAAAGCGGAAAGCCGCGGAAAAGAUUCUAGUCGAGAAGAUGCAGCAGCCAGUGCCAGGUAAAGACUAUGCCUGGCAUAGCGUCAUUGGGAUGGUGUUUCAUCCGACCUCGAGUCCAAUCCAUCCGAAGGCGCGUGCUAAUAUUAAGGUUACAGAAGAAGUAGAUCAGAUGCAUUCCGUUGCUUCAACACACUAUGGAUUCUUGUCCUCUUGUUAUUAUAAGUAGGAGAAAGGGUAAGGGAUGCCAAUACGAAUACGGUCAGGGAUGCAACUUCUAUCAUAGCUCUAAUGAUGAGAACAACAACGAAGGAGAUGGCUUGCAAGCUAGCACCAGGAGUGUUGACGAUCUGAUUCUUUCCCAGCGAGAGGAGGAACUCCCUCACGUGACAGGUGCACGCGUUGUGCGUGUACUGCCGAACUCGUGGGCCUCCAAACGACACUUAAAUCGUGAUGACAUCAUGCUUCUAAGGCUUGUUACAGUAGUUCAUCUUAGAUUUUUAAGAAGCAUCUUGAUCUUUGGCCCCUUUGUUUUGUAAGGGUCAACUCAAUUAUGAAGGACAACUCAGGGUCAGGGAGAACUUCCACCCAGUACCUUGUAUAAGGAAAAGGCACGGCAAAAAUGCUUCUGUUUCCAGAUGAAUUACGGACAGUUGGUUCUAAUGCUUAUCGUGAACAAAGAUCUGGUUGGCUAUGAUCCGCAGAACAGAACGUGCAAAUACGUGAAGGACCUGGUGAGUUCUCGUCUCGAUGCCAAGACGUUUCCGAAGCAGCUACUAUUCUUUCGUCCAGGGGUGCCCUUUUUGGAGCGGCAGUGGCUGCAAACCAGUGUUGAGGUGCGAAAGGGCGUGAAGGGCUUGCCCGAGCCCUGGGCUGCGUAUCAGCGAAAGUCUCUCUUGCGGUACCAACAGCCUGUGCCGGUGAUGGACUUGGUGAAGAUCUACCAGGAGCGCGACCGCCGCCAGCUCGUUCCAGAGGAAGAGUUAGCAUUGGGGCCGCAGCCGGCAGAUGAAUUGCGACUGGAGUUGAGGGCUGUAGAAAAGCGCCUCGAGAAAGCGGCUGCCAAGGAAUUGACACACAAAGACCUCAGAGCCUAUGCAGCUGGGACAGCGGACAGUCUAGAUCGUCUUGCGGAGCUCGAGAAGCAGGCGAAAAAAGUUGUAGAUGCGGCGGUCGAGGAGAACUGGGCUUACCACGAAGCGAAACGCAUGACCGAAGCUUACUUAGAGCAAUUGCAGACACCAGGAGAGGCGUUUUCACCAGCUGCAGGCGGCCGUGGAAAUAUGACCUCUUCACCACAAAGGGUCCACUCACCUGACCACGCAAGUGGCCCUGGAAGUCCUGACUCCCUACUUGUACUACAUGACGCCGAAGACGAACUGAAAAAGGUGCGACGGGAGUCUCGAGAGAUUCGUAGGCGAUCGGCGUCGAUGUGGAACAAGUCGCCGGAGAGAAUUUUCCCCCUACUUCACGCAGAGGCGAUGCAUGAUGUGGGACUGGCGCUUCUGCCAGACGGCCAAGACGACGCGGAAGUAGUCGCUGCCGCUCGGCAAAAGCUAGUCCUCGAGCGAAGCGAAAUGGAAACCAAUCUGAGUGCGCAAAUGGCUAACAAACUACCGGCUUCUAGUACUAGCACUAAGUCUAAGCAGGGCAAUAAAACUGCUCGUGCAAGUCGUGCUCCUCGUGCAUCAAUAAAAAGUAGUAAGUCCUCACAGAUGAUGUAUUACUCAGAAAAUUCCGAGCCAGGCGAUGAGGAUGUUGUUUCGGAAUCGGGCGAAGACGAAGAGGACGUAGACCUGGACGAGAAGGAGCAGGAACGCAAGAGAAGCGUGAGUCCUAUGUACUAUUUUCCGGAAAAAGUAGACUCAGGACCAACAAAGUCUAGUUCAUCUUCUGAGGCUGCGAAACAAGGUAAAUCCUCGUCCUCAACAACAGUGAGUCCAACUACAGUAAAGCCAGGACAAGUUGUUGUUGGAAAUGGAAACAUCGAUGGCCCUACAACUGUUAACCCAAGAAGCACUGUUGACGGGGCUUCGAUCAGACACGGUCACCACGAACACCACACUGAGGCAGUGACAAAGACCGCUGUGGAUCGUCGUGAUGCUGUGAAGAAGGAGGUGCGUGCUAUCGUAGAUGCGACGGUUGCUGACGGAGCAUUGAUCGAAAGUUUACAGAAGAAGUUGCGGGAGCGUUCCGGCAGCGUGCCUGACCUUGGGAGGCAUCCAUCACGCGCUCGCGAGGUUUUUUUCCGGCUCCAGCAUGCACAACUAAACGGACGACUAGCACUGCGGUCGAACUUAGAGGAUGUGGUGAAGUUUUUGACGAUUUUGGCAGCGCUCGGCACUGAGGAUUUCUCAAGGCUGCCAGGAGAGACAGUCCGCUUCGCUAACACUACUGUUAAGGCCGGCUUUAAGUAGGUGUUUCCGUUACCGUUUGUUAUGGCUCUCCUAAGGAAGAACAGCAUAACGAACAGGGAAGAACGGAAACACCAAGACCCUACUCUAAUACUAAGGGCGGCGGCCUUUUUGGUACGAUAGACGAUUACAGCGAGGCGAAGGAGUUGCGCGAAAUCGAGCGUCACUUGCUCGCUCACGGAGCCUCCAAACGGAAGAGAGGCUUCGGGAAUGAUGACGCCAACGAGGAGAAUGAGGACGACUUGGAUGACUUUGACGACACAGCGCCUGUGUACCGAAGUGUGCGCGUUCUCCAGGCUCGGCCGGCUCCAAAGGAGCAGCGACCUGGCAAGACUUCUACUUCUAAAGGCUCUAAAGGAGAAAGUCCCACUAAUAAAGUAGAUGGCAAAACCAAAGUAGACUCACCAACAUCUCCACCAUCUUCACCUUCCGGCGCUAAACCACGUAAAAACAAAGGCCCACCAAUGUCGUUUUUUCCCGAGCCUGCGUCUCCUAGCAGUCGCGACAAGAAAUCCAAGGAUGCUAGGGAUAGGAAAUCCUCAAAAGACCGGGACAAGAAGGACAAGGACAAAAAGUCUUCUUCAUCGAAGAGUAGCUCAGCUUAUGGCCAGCUUUUAUUCACCUCGCUCAGCAUCUUGGUACCCUUUGCUUCCCAUCAUAAGUACACCCGUUGCUUCCCAUCAUAAGUACACCCUUUGCUUCCCAUGUUGGCACCCUACUUAGCCUUUUUAAGGGUACUAAAAAGGGUACUAAAAUAAAAGGUGCCAAGAGGACCGGGAUGAAUGAAAGUACUCGCUAAUAAGUGCAGAAGAACAAGAACGCAGGCUACUACAUGGUCGUCGGAGAUAUGAAGUUUAAGACGAAAGAGGAGUUCGAGGCUGCGAGGAAAGCGUUUAAGCGGAAGAAAGCGAGGGAGAAGUUCUACGAGGAUCCAGAGAACUCGAUCGACUUCGACGUUCUAAUGCUUUACAUCGCCAUGGUCUCGGAUUGCAUGAAGCUCUUUCUGCAAGAGCAGCUAGUUGGUCACUGGGUAAUUGAGGCUUCGUUGAACUUGUACGAUUUGCUGCGGAAUCAGCGGGAGAUCUCGGCACAGCAUUUGUUUCUAGGGAUGCUUCUGGACGUUCUAGACUGUAUGGACGGUUACUAUGCGGACGUAAACCUUUUUGGCGGAGACUCUUCAUCUUCUGUUAAAAAAGAAGCGAACAAGCAAAAAAAUCAGAAUGCGUCUUCACCGACUAGUAGAAAUGUCGAUGCUAAAAAUGGGUCUCGCGUUUCCGGUUCCUCUCCACCGAACAAAAACGAAAAUGACGCGAGCACGGCUGACAACAAGAACGGCGGACUGCUCAACUUGAAUGGCGGACAAGAGCAAGCAGUAGAGGAGGUUGACUUUCAGACUCUGCUGUAUGAGCGUUGUCCAGGUCGUGCAUCGCUUGAAAACCGGGACCUUCAAUUCAUGCAUUCACGUCUGCUUUUUGCCUUUUCCACCAUUUUGGACCCCUCUGUUGGCGUGCCGAUCGAAGUGCUGAAUUUCGCAUUAGACAUAUUUGCCUCUCGGAACAAAGACGACGACGAUGAGCAAGGAGAUGGAAGUGCUUAUGUUAAGGCUCAACUUUCAAUGGUCAUUGGAGUUGGUCACUGAGAUCGAAGAGGCGACCCCUUGAGAGAACAGGGGAAAACGAAGGGAAAGGGGAGAGCUUUGAAGAGGGUCCCUUCCGUUCAGAGUCAGUGACCAUCGAAGGCUGAGCUUUAAUUAUGAUGGGCAGGCAAAAUCUGGUGGAGGUCUCUGGCAGAUGUUUGGAAGGAGUAAAAAGAGUACAGAACAAAAAGCAGGAGUACAACUAGUGCCAAGAAAUGACGACCCUGGUCCGACAAUCGAUAGUACACACAUCGAGCACAUUCUCCAGAUCGUGAUGGUUGGACAGGAGUGUCUCUUGUUUGGCAGCGAAAAAUUCUCACUCUCAGCUCAGGAUGUAGCGGACAAUCGCGAAGUGGCGCGAGUUAGCAGGACUAUGACUUCUACUACUUCUUCGGGAAAUGUCCUCGGUGCUGGAGGAGGAAGCAUACUUCAGAAUAUUCUUGCAGCUAGCACAGAGGAAGUUUCUGAGGCGGAGUUGAUGGAGGAGCGGCGGCAGGAAGCAAGAUUUUUUCGUCUCCGCGAAAAAGUGAAUAUCUGCGUCUACUGCUUGCAAAGACUGAAAGCCGACGGACGCCUUCUACUUCGUGCUUUGCUUUGUUUAAAGCAUUUGUUGGAUUUGGAGUUUAGAGGAGAAGGCAGUGCGACGAUGGACGCGGAAAAAAUAGCUGAUGGGGGGUCUAGUACUACUUUUGCGGCGCCAGUGAUAGAGGAAGUGUUCCGUACCAACCUUGUUCUGGAUCAACACGUUCGAUCCUAUGGAUUCUGGCGGCAUUUAGGCAACCACAUGCGCGUAUUGGAAUGUGUGGAGCUACGGCCAUGCGUCGCCGCCUUCUUCGCCCUUCUGAGCUAUGAUCGGGACAUUUUGAGCACCGUUUUGCAGAUUUUAGACUUGUACCCUCACGAUCGCAAGCUGCAGGCAGCGGCAUUGGCGAUCUCGAUGAAGCUUCUAGUCGUUUUCGACCAUCUGCGACGCGCUGUGCACCACGUCGAGCUGCUCGCCCGUGCAGAGACAGAGCGUCGCCACGCAUCACUACAACUCGGUGUUGGUCUGCCCUCAAAAUCGGGUUUCGGGACGGAAACUGGAGGUAAUGAACGAGGAAUGUUUGACAGAGCAGCAGCGACGCAGCAAUCUGAGCAUCUUCGAGGAAAAGUAGGCAAGGGCGCGGCAUCAUCGGGAGACGCUGAGGGAACCUCAGAGGAGAGUCUUCGUGCUCUUGGUGUCUCGUUCCAGUUCGGACAGGACACUCCGAUAAUCGGUGAGGAUGGCGAAGAGAUAGAUGCGGAACAGUACAUGUAUGACGAUGACGGCGAUAUUCUACGAUCACAGGGUCGUGCGAGAAAUAAAGGCAAAAAUGUUAAUUAAGGCUUGCCGUAAUUCAUCUUAAGAGGCAUCUUUGGGCACGAUUUCAAGGGGAAUUCACUUCAAAGAUGCACUUUAAGAUGAAUAUGGAUAAGGUCUAAAUUAAAGCAGAAGAUGAUGCAGGCACUGCAAACAGUGAAGAUAAACGAAGCACGCAAGCACAACAGUUAGAGGCUAAGAAUGCUGUGGUGGACCUCGUUGUGGAUGCUGCGGAGAAAAACACGGACAUGCUGAGACGGACAUCUUCUACUGCAAAGAAGAAGGAAAAGGCAAAGGCUGUUUCUACAAGACCUUCUGCUGGUGUAGAAGAUUCAGACAGCGACGCCGACGACGAGCUGCUUGCUGGAGGCGGUCAGAAUAGCAAGAUUAACGGAGGCAGUGCUAGAGGCUCAGGUAUUCUUGCCGCGGUAGGAGACUUCAUCUCGCAAGUCAUGUCAGGUGGAAAGCAGAGCACAAGAGGUCCUGAAAUGCGCAGGCGGUCUUCGACGGGAUCUCGAGCUGAGCCCCCUGCGCGAAUCCAUGUGCGGGAACUCAUGCGACAGGCGCCAACCCGAUCUUAUUUCUUCCGUAGUCCUGACGAUAUGGGAGAUCUGAGGCGCGACGUGGUACAGUUUUUGCACGCUUCCCGAGGAACUGGCUCAGAUGGAUGCGCGGCAACUCUGCUGCGAGGAUACACUAGUUAUUUGAAGAAUGUCACUCGGCUUGUGAGCCUCGCACAACAGCGUUUUGCGAAUUCGAAAACUAUUGCAGAGUGCUACUUAUUUUUGCAUCUCCAUUUCGACGAUUUCCUUGUAGCGAAUGGCACAACGACCGUGUUAGAUAUUUUGCGGGAGUUCGGCAACCGCAUCGACCAAGCUGCACACUUGACUGGUCGGACGGUGAGUGGCGUAACGGCCUCGCGCAGUCUCAAUCCGCUAGUUUUGAUGUGUUUGCGCGUGCUGGCGCGGUCCUUCGAGCUGCACCCGCGGGUACGGCGCAUUGCCGGCUUACACAACUACAGCGGAGGCGUCGUGUUCAACCAAGCGGCUAUGUUUCGCGCCACGAUGCUUGUUCUCGACGACCAAUCUACGAACAUGAACUCUCCUCCGCCACGAACGAACAACAACAUGCAGAGUGAAGAUGGUAAAACUGGUUCUAGCAAAAAAGUUGCAGACGCUGAAAACAACAACGAAGAGAAUGCUGGAGGGAAGGAGACAGCUUCGUCGAAGGAGAUGGACAAAGAAGCGAGGGGAAUACUCAAGGAAGCGAUGGCGCUGUUUGGCUAUGGUGAAAAAGCUGAGACAUCAUCAGAUAGAGGUCCUGUACAAGCUGUAGCUGUGGCAGCAUCCCGAUCUGUGAUGAAAAAACCGGAUUAUCAAGCCUCCUCUGAUAGUACGAAGCAUGAACAUGAAGCAGCACUGUUGCGUCGUCAUGGCUUUUCCCCGAAGAAACCAGGAGAGGGCUUUGCUAGUCCCUUCGCGGUUGCAUUCUCGAAUCUAUUGGCCACCGGUAGUCUAGCCUCAGCACCACAAAAGGAUGACCAUGAAAUGUUCGAGCAGGAUCACGGACGUGCAGACGGCACGUUGGUGGAGCGCGCUCUAGCGGCUUUGCAGUACGAUCCACAGGCGCGCGCUCUGUUGGGCAAAGUUAAGGCUACUUAGUUGAAAUCACUAUAAUCCUGUGUGAAGAGGGAUCUUUUAUCCUGAGUGGAGAAGUUUUUCUUGAUUUAAAGGGGAAACUACGGGGCAAAAAGGGAACUCACUCGUCUACCAGGGACAAAAGUGAAAAACUAGCGCUAACAAGGAAGUCGCGUUUCGGGAAACGUACGAGCGCAAAGAGCGAGAGCGUUUGGUCAAGGAAACCGCUGAGAUCGAGGCGAACCGGGAGGACCCUUUUGGGCCAGGGUUUCUGGACCACCUGAGUGCCAUAGUGUUUGGAGAGAAUGAUGGCCGAGAGCAAUCCAGUGUACUGCAGCGGCUGUCACGGGCUGUUGGAGGUGGUGUGGAAGAAUCAUCAGGUGGUGUGGCCGCACGCAGAGCUGCACAGGUGGGUGAGUAUAUCGGUCUACCGAUCGGUGGCGAGGGUGUGGCUGCUGUGGCCGCACGCAAAGCCGCAGAAGUGGGGCGAUAUAUGGGUCUAGGAGCUGGUGCAGGGGCGCCCGGUGCGAGGCUCGAGGCUGUGCUCGAGGCACGAUACAACGCUUUGCGGGGGUUCUAUGUCCGUUGCUGGCGUAACUUCUUGGACGAUUCGGAGUUUGCGCUCUCGAAAGCAUUGAAAGCGCAUCGAGACAGCUACGUCGCCGCGGGUCAUCGCCUGGGCGAGCCCAUGCCUGAUGUGGAGGAGGGUGCGCGCUACCGCGAGUUGCGUGACGAGGUGCGCAAGAGCCGAGGCUCUGCCGCUGAUGCGCCCUUUGCGCGUCCUACCAAUUACACCGCAGAAAAGCUGGCGCAGCAUCAAGGAAGCCCUGAAGUUGCCUCAAGUAGUGAUGAUGAGCCAGUGGAGAUGCUGGAUGGACAAUUUUUCAGCAUCAAAAACACUCGUGGUUCUACUUCUGCGUCUACUUCAGAUCAAAGGACCUCCAGACGGACGCACCAAGAAGAUAUUGUCUCUCCCGAGCUCCUUAGCAAGCAGGCCAGAUACAUCGAAAUGCGAAGAGCACAAGGUGGAAGUGCACUAAAAGUAGGACAGGAUGAACUUGCCUCUAGUGCUUCUACUUCUUCCAGCCCUCUUGUGCCUCGCGUGGAUUUGUUUGGGCAGAUGUCCCGAUUGGACCGCCGCCAUGAGGAUUUACUUCGAAACGAGGAAAUCGAGUCGAGCGAAUCCCUCCACGAUAGCGAAAAUCCUCAAGCAUCGGUGACGGUUCUAGGACUAGGAGGACAGCGAAGACGACGAAGAAGAGGGAGUAUGGACGAGCUCGAUGCCCUCGAUUACACCAAGGAUGCUGCUUACUACGCAGAGUCACGCUCUGUACUUCACGCAGUGCCGCAUUCCUUGUCUUCGUGGCCACAUCCGGGUGACGGGCAUCUGCAAAGGGUCUUCGUGACCGCCUUGCUGCUGGUGGUGAAGCGCUUUUUCCGAGACAAUCGACUGGUCAUUUACUCGUUGUUGAUGCUGUUCGAGAUCCAGAAGCACGACAAGUUAGGUCGUUUUCAGCUGCAGGAUGCAGGCUUUGACGUGGUGCUGAUUGCUCUGCUUAGGGACCGAUUGAAAGAUUUGAAGCGAACGCGCGCAGAUCGAGAACGUCGGCGCAAACGCUAUAAUAUGGCCUCGAGAAGACAACAACAGUCCGAUUUAGCUUCCAAAAAUCUUCCGAAUCCGAUGGGAAAUAAUAGUACGUCAUCUGCUAUGCCUAUGAAGGUUGACCCUAUUACCGGACGGCCUACCAAAGUGAAGGACCUGUAUCGCAAUCACGGUCGAUCCGACACUUUUGCUGGUUUUGAGGAGGAAGUAUUAUUAUCAUCAGCUAGUAAUACUGGAACUGGAAGUGGUGGAAGUAGGCUGAAGAAGAUGGGUCAGUUUGAACGCGAUUUUGGCGAUAGGGUCUCGCUUCUUCGGAAUCUGGCUAUGGAGGACGAAGCGAGUAUUCCCGGUUCGAACUUCUUUUUUGAGACAAGGUAUUUGCUACUCUUGACACUCAAUUUCCUCCUACAUCUGCUUUCGCCGUCUCCGCUGAGCGGGGAAAGUGACGAAAACGCUGGACGAGGUGUGGUCGAGGAGGAGAAAGGCGGUGCAACAUCAACUGAAGACGCUGUUAAAGAAAAAGCAAAUGCAGAAGAGGAGGCCGAGAAGGAGAGAAAGAGACGAGAAGACCCUAAUUUUGAUCCUUUGCUUGAAGAAAUGCUGACGGAGGAAGCUGAGAACCGCAAGAAGGAGAAAGAGGCUGCAAAGAUUAAGGGGCUUCACAUGAUUGCAUCCUGCACUAGUACCAUUCUUGACUUCACUUUCCCAAUAGAAAAGGAGUCAAGGAGGACGAUGCGGAGAAUGCAAUGGCGCAACCUUCAAGAAGAGGCCAGAAACAGUAGAUCCGAAAAAACGACUAGAGCAGAAUGAAGAGGACAUUUUUGCUGCCACUCUGUUCAAGGAGAGCCACAAUAGUAAUAAGGGAAAAAGUAAAUAUGUAGCGGAGCAACGGCUACGACUCACCUACCGCGAGCAGAUCGCUCGUCACAAUUUUGGUGAGGAGCGUGGCGUGGAAUUGUGUAUGGAGCUGUUAUGACAAGAAAAAGCGUACUCAUCCAUAGAAAGUUAGCUACUUUUCCACUUAAAUCCUAGCUAAUUUCUUGAGAGUGAGCUGCACACUUUUUCCUUUCAUAGCUGUUGAAGGAGUUUUAUGGCGAAGGAAACUUUACCUCCAUCGAAUUCGUACUCGCAGUUCUCGGCAACGCAGUGACUGGCCCUCGCGAAUUUUUGCGCUACACGUCAAAGGCGUUGCAAACGAUUGAGGGCAACGCGAAGUACGGCACGCUGUUGCGCGCAGUUCUGGAGGGGUACGAGACACGAGCCUUGUACGCAACGAUGAACAAGAUGUUUUUACGAUCAGACAUUGAAGAUCGCCUCCGACGCAUCUUGUGUAUUGCGGACUACGACCCUGUCGAGAUGGACAAAAUGAUCAACCAGGCUGCAGAAAAGAGUCAACUCAUGGCGCUCCUGAAGCAGCACGAUGAAGAAAUGGCGAAGGCUAAAACCGACACAGGUCUUUCCGAAAGGAAAAAGCGAAAGCUAGAAAAGCGAAAGCGUGACGCUGAAGAACUACUUAUGAUCAGCCGCGUUUAUUCAAUUCUCUCAGCGUCUCGGUGCCCUCUCGUCCCCAUAGAACUACAAUCAGUACAGAUGAAAUAGAACAAUAGAGAAAGGGACGAGAGGCACCAAGAUGGGAGAUGAGGACCUGGAUGGAUUCUAGCACACUCUAAACUGCGGAAAAAAAUUCGCGGUGGCUUCCAGGAUGAACUUGUUCGUCAGGCCCGAACGGAGAGGCGCGAACAAGAAGACAGAUUUCCUAGAAACAAACAAAUGCAGUCUUUUUUGUUGGUGGAUCUCUAAAGACAUUUCGAUGAAAUCUUGAUAAAGUGACAUUGCUUAUAAUACAUUUCGAUGAAAUCUUGAUAAAGUGACAUUGCUUACAUUUCGAUGAAAUAGAAAUCUCGAUGAAGUUACAUUGCUUAAAUUCCAAUUUGUAGCUGAACGGAUGCCAGCAGUUGCGUGCAACAAGAAUAGAGAAGAAUAGUUUUCACAAGUAAGUAUUAGAUUAUUGCAUUUGUUUAUUUAGCUGUGUUAAAACGAACCUCAGUAGCACCAUAUGCUUUGACGACUUGUCUUCGAGAAUUUACGCACAGAAGCCCACGAAAUUUCUAGUCUUUCUGGGAAAAGCGCGUCCACAGUUGCUGGCCCGAAACGAC